GGAGGAGAUGGCCUGUAUGGCCCCUUCAAACUCCGUGAUUCUAUGAUUCAUAAUUAUAAUUUUUGUAAUUCCGGGUGAUUUCCAGGUCCCCCCUGGAAGUUGGCAGCCCUAAAACAAAGUCCCAGCCCGCCAGUGCCCCCAUCUCAAAUAUUCCUUCCCCCUCCCCAGGAAAGGGCGUGUCUGGCCUCUCUCUUUCCCCGGGGCGGGGUUCCUAAUAAAGGCUUCCCCUUGCGCGUCGAGAGAGGAGGGUGAGCCAUGGCGCUGAAAAAGUAUUACUCCGGGAGCAAGAAGCGCAGCGGCGACUCCGGAGUGGUGCCGGAUCGGGGCCUCUUGAGCAAAGAGCAGCGGGACCAGCGGAUCAGCCUGUUCCUCCAGGAUUUCGACCAGCAAGCGAAGGAGCACCUCCGAGCCAUGAAGCAAGACCUGGAGUCCCUGCUCCAGACGGCCGAGAAGGCGUUCCGCGUGGAGCUCCUCACCCGGCCGGUGGUCAUGCGGCGGAUGAGGAGGAAGGAGCUGCUCAAUCUGAAGGAAGACGAAGCAGCCGCCACAGUUGUGGCCGCAGCGAUGGUGACUGACUGCUCGGUGGGAGAGGGGGCCACUCCCAAGCUGGUGAGGUCAGGCAGCAAACGAGUUAAUCGAAAGCCAAACACCGUGUGCCUGAUGACACUCUGUGAAAUGCUUCUUCUAGUGAAGGUCACCACGAUCGUGGAAUACGAAGAUUCCGAUAGGGAAAGUGGAUUGCAGGGGAAGAAGACAUCGCAAAAAAUUUUUAAAACCAAGUCGCUGGCUUCCUUGACUUCUUCCUUUAAAGGCAAGCAGAGUACUUCCCGGUCUGCGUGCUCCACUCCAAAUGCAAGGAAUCCUGAGAAGCCCUGCAAGCUCGAACGGUCAGCGUCUGCCCCAAAGUGCACUCCAGUAGGCUCUAAGAGACUUCCCCAGAGGGUCCUCUCCAACAGUGCAUCUGCUCCAGACAGAACCUGCGGCCCGACUCUGAGAAGCGUUUCCAUGCCGCACAAGAAAGCAGUUCCUUUUGUCAACAUCCCUCUGGCUGAUGGGCAGACUCUCUGCUCAGCUAACAGUGACCUCCAGAACAUCAACGUGGAUUUGUUAAAUGAUGACACUGUCCGGCAUAUUCAUACUCUAGUGAACCAGUUGACGGUCUUGUGUGGAAAAACAACAGUUAAGCCAAGCUGAUGGAAUCUUCCAUUAACUCUUUGCAACCUUGCAUGGGAGCAUCUUGAAUAACUUCGGUCUCUGUGGUGCUCUCAGAUGUGAUGGGAUUGGACAGUCCUUCCCCCUUUGCUUUUAAUGGCGUAUACAUUAUAUAUUAAACUUUGCAUUCUUUCGUA